UAUGUCAAUUUGUGCGCCAAUUUUUCUUCUAAACUAAAUUGAUGGGAUAAUAAAGUUUGUUGUUUAACAUCAGAACGAUAUUUUUUACGAGUCGUGUCCACUGAAUGAAACAUAUUAAAAGUGUUUAGUUGGGAUUAUUGAGUAUUAAGUCUAGGACUUGAGUAGCGUCGUGUUCGUCUUACCAGCAUAGAUGCCAUUUGUUACCACUUACCACCGUUCAGAAUUAGGGUGAUGGAGGCGUCACCAGACGCUCCAAGACGCACCCGCGCUGCACUGGCAGAGAUUCCAGCACGAUUAGACCGCCUGCGCGUUACCCCCCUGCGGCCCCUUACCAACACCAGGGAGGUAUCACCGUCACUCCCGCCAGGGUACCUCAGCCCUGCGCCAUCACCUGAUGAGUUCCUGAUCCAGCAAAGAGGUCGCAAACGCCUGCCAGUGACAUGGUCGCCCGACAUUGAUUUAAAGCGUUCAGCUUUUCAGUCUACGGUCCGUACACCACCUAAAAAUACACCAGGACGAAACUCACCGCCUCGGCUUGGUGUAACAUUACGUUCUACCCCAAGAAAGCGUCUUCUAUUAGGUGAUGUUGAACGCGUACCACUCACUCCAGAAAAGAUUGACUUUAGCGACAUUAGUACGCCGCAAAAAUUUAAAAUCACAAGCCCGCUCAAAUUUACUCCGCCUAUAAAGCGAGCUCGUCUGGAACAUACCUUCGAUGGAGAAUUUAAGGGGCCGCUAGACACGGCUUUGAAAGGGCUUAGUCCGACACAGCUUAUACACAUGAUAAAGAGAAUAACUCAUAAACAUCCAGACAUUGAACAAGAUAUACGAAAAGAAAUGCCGACACCCGAUUUAUCACCUUUGGAGGAAAAGCUAUCUUAUCUUAAAUCAAACAUAUUUAAAAGCCUUCCAACAUCACGCUUGACAUCUAAGACUGACUCCCCCGCUUAUUCGCGGGUCGCAACCCAUCUCGCUGCUUUUAAAAAGUGCCUCAUUGAGCAAGGAAAGGUUUUGGUUGAUUCUCAACAUUGGGAAACUGUUAUGAAAUAUGUAUUUCUUGCUUGGAGCUAUGUAAGGGCUACACCGGUUUGGGAUAAUCAGCCUCAUAACGCGCAGCGAAAGCAGUGCUUUAAAGCGCUAACAAAUUUCUGUAUGACGGCACUCAAAAAGGGUGAUUUUGAUAGCUAUUUCAUGGCAGAUGUUCAAGAUAAACUGCAAGGCAUGGAAGCUGACAGUGAAGAGGUCCAGUCUUGCCUUAAAUAUGUUCAAGGACAUUUGCGCGAUCAUUAGUUAAAUUAAUGUAAUAAUGCAGAAUGGAAUUUUUGAUGAAGUGGUAAUGCCACAGGAUAAUGUUUACUUACGAGAGGUUAUUGAAAUCUCUUUGAGGCUUCAAUACUUUUUAAACUUCCAAUACUGUAAAUCUAGGACAAUCAAA